AUGUCUGACCCAGUAGUUCUGCGUAGCAUCAAGAGAGUGGGAGAGGAUAAUUAUGCUUUUGACUCAGAUGGCAAAUGUAAGAACCUCAAGAAAUCAGGAAAUUUCUACGCAUAUGAAGAGCCUUUUAUAGAGAAGAAAAGUGAAAAGUCAUCAAAGAAGAAAGAAAACAGUGUUCGUGUUGGCUUCUUUCAGCUGUUUCGAUUUUCAUCAUCUACGGAGAUUUUAAUGAUGGUUGCUGGUAGUUUGUGUGCUAUUGUUCAUGGAGUGGCCCAACCAGCUGUGCUGCUUGUGUUUGGUGCAAUGGCAGACACAUUUAUCGAAUAUGACAUUGAAAUGCAAGAGCUUAAAAACCCAAACAAGACAUGUGUAAAUAACACCAUAGUGUGGAUUAAUGGUACUAUUUAUCACAAUGAAAAGAACGCCACAAUAAGAUGUGGGCUGCUGGACAUUGAACAGGAAAUGACCAAGUUUGCAGGAUACUAUGCAGGAAUUGGUUGUGCCAUACUUGUGUUAGGAUACCUCCAAAUCUGCUUUUGGGUUAUGUCUGCAGCUCGUCAGAUACAGAAAAUCAGGAAAGCUUAUUUCAGGAAAGUAAUGCGAAUGGAUAUAGGCUGGUUUGACUGUACAUCUGUAGGAGAACUGAACACCCGAAUUUCUGAUGAUGUUAACAAAAUUAAUGAGGCUAUUGCUGAUCAAGUAGCAAUCUUCAUCCAGCGCAUAACCACCUUUGUAGGUGGAUUCCUCCUGGGCUUUGUCAGUGGCUGGAAAUUGACCUUGGUUAUCAUUGCAGUCAGCCCUCUGCUUGGGGUUGGAGCAGCUCUCUAUGGCUUGGCUGUGGCAAAACUAACAGGCCGAGAAUUAAAGGCUUAUGCAAAAGCUGGAGCUGUGGCUGAUGAAGUGCUCUCAUCCAUCAGAACAGUGGCUGCUUUUGGUGGGGAGAAGAAAGAAGUUGAAAGAUAUGAUAAGAACUUGGUGUUUGCUCAGCACUGGGGAAUUCGAAAAGGAAUGAUAAUGGGAUUAUUCAGUGGUUACAUGUGGUGUAUAAUUUUUCUAAGUUAUGCAUUAGCCUUUUGGUAUGGCUCCAAACUUGUCCUUGAGGAAGAAGAAUAUUCACCUGGCACUCUUCUGCAGGUUUUCUUUGGUGUUUUAAUAGGAGCAUUAAAUCUUGGCCAGGCAUCUCCCUGUCUGGAAGCUUUUGCCACUGGUCGUGGGGCUGCAACAAACAUUUUUGAGACAAUAGAUAAAAAACCCACCAUUGACUGCAUGUCAGAAGAUGGCUACAAGCUGGAUAAAGUACGAGGGGAAAUUGAAUUUCAUAACGUAACAUUCAAUUAUCCAUCCAGACCAGACAUAAAGACUUUGGAUAACCUUAGUAUGGUGAUUAAAGCAGGAGAGACAACAGCUUUUGUUGGAUCUAGUGGAGCUGGGAAAAGUACAACAAUACAGCUCAUCCAGCGUUUCUAUGACCCCACUGAUGGCAUGAUUACGCUGGAUGGCCACGACAUCCGUUCCCUGAAUAUCCAGUGGCUGCGCUCCCAGAUCGGCGUGGUUGAACAGGAGCCAGUGCUCUUUGCCACCACCAUUGCAGAGAACAUUCGCUACGGCCGGGACGAGGCUACCAUGGAGGACAUCAUCCAAGCAGCCAAGCAGGCCAAUGCUUACAAUUUCAUCAUGGACUUACCACAGAAAUUUGACACUCAUGUUGGAGAGGGUGGAAGCCAGAUGAGUGGAGGUCAAAAACAGAGGAUAGCUAUUGCUCGAGCUUUGGUGCGAAACCCCAAAAUCCUGCUCCUGGAUAUGGCUACAUCAGCACUGGAUAAUGAAAGUGAAGCAAUUGUCCAAGAAGCACUUCAUAAGGCUCGCCUCGGCCGCACGGCGAUCUCCAUCGCUCACCGCCUGUCAGCCAUCAAAGCCGCCGAUGUCAUCAUCGGCUUUGAGCACGGCAGGGCUGUAGAGAGAGGAACUCACGAGGAACUCCUGCAGAGGAAAGGGGUUUAUUUCAUGUUGGUGACCUUACAAAGCAAAGGAGACACAGCACCUAAGAGAGAAGAAACACAAACAGCAGAGAAUAAUGUGGUUGAGCCAAAUCUUGAGAAUGUUCAGUCAUUCAGCAGGGGAAGCUAUCAGGCCAGUUUGCGAGCUUCACUCCGGCAGCGCUCAAGAUCCCAGCUCUCUAACGUGGUCCCUGACCCUCCACUGUCUAUUGGAGGAGACCAUGCAGAGUCCAACUAUCUUGCCCCUUCUUAUGGAGAAGAUGAUGGAAAAGCAAAAAAGGAAUCUGUUGUGGAGGAAGAUGCCAAGCCUGUACCAUUUACCAGAAUUUUGAAAUACAAUGCCUCUGAAUGGCCAUACCUGGUGCUUGGAUCUCUGGCAGCAGCUGUGAAUGGAGCCGUCAAUCCACUCUAUGCUUUGUUAUUCAGUCAGAUUCUUGGGACCUUCUCCAUUCUUGAUGAAGAAAACCAAAAAAACCAGAUCAAUGGUGUCUGCGUGCUCUUUGUCUUAGUCGGAGUUCUCUCAUUUCUCACACAAUUUCUCCAGGGAUACACCUUUGCCAAGUCUGGGGAGCUGCUUACAAGAAGGUUAAGGAAAAUUGGUUUCCAGGCCAUGCUCGGGCAAGACAUUGGUUGGUUUGAUGACCGGAAGAACAGCCCCGGGGCUUUGACUACCAGGCUUGCAACAGAUGCCUCACAGGUCCAAGGGGCAACUGGAUCGCAGAUAGGAAUGAUUGUCAAUUCCUUUACUAACAUUGGGGUGGCCAUGAUCAUUGCCUUCUACUUCAGCUGGAAACUGAGUUUGGUAAUAUUGUGUUUCCUGCCAUUUUUGGCUUUAUCUGGAGCUGUGCAGGCUAAAAUGCUGACAGGAUUUGCCUCGCAGGACAGGAAAGCACUGGAAGCUACUGGACGGAUUGCCAGUGAAGCUCUCUCUAAUAUCAGAACAGUAGCUGGGAUAGGAAAAGAGAAAAUGUUUAUUGAGAAUUUUGAGAAGAACCUGGAUAUGCCCUACAAAGCUGCAAUCAAAAAAGCACACGUGUAUGGAGUCUGCUAUGGCUUUGCCCAGAGCAUCGUGUUCAUUGCCAACUCCGUCUCUUACCGCUACGGGGGAUAUCUCGUUGACGCUGAAGGGCUCCAUUACAGCUUUGUGUUCAGGGUGAUCUCUGCAAUUGUCACCAGUGGAACUGCGUUGGGAAGAGCUUCUUCCUACACGCCAAACUAUGCCAAAGCAAAAACAUCUGCUGCACGCUUUUUUCAACUGGUAGAUCGGAUUCCUAAAAUCAGUGUUUACAGUGAAAAAGGGGAAAAAUGGGAUGAUUUCAAGGGAAGCAUUGAAUUUCUUAACUGUAAAUUCACAUACCCUUCUCGGCCUGAUAUUCAGGUCCUGAAAGGACUCUCUAUAUCUGUUAAACCUGGACAGACUUUGGCAUUUGUUGGAAGUAGUGGCUGUGGUAAGAGCACCAGUGUGCAACUUCUGGAGCGUUUCUAUGACCCUGAGAAAGGAAGUGUGUUAAUAGAUGGACAUGACUCUAAGAACGUAAAUGUGCAGUUUCUUAGAUCAAAAAUCGGAAUAGUGUCACAGGAGCCUGUGCUAUUUGACUGCAGCAUUGCUGAUAAUAUCAAAUAUGGCAGUAACACAAAAGAAGCAACAAUGGAAAAAGUCAUAGAAGCAGCCCAGAAGGCUCAACUGCAUGAUUUUGUCAUGUCUCUGCCUAACAAAUAUGAAACUAAUGUUGGGGCUCAGGGAUCCCAGCUGUCUCGUGGGCAAAAGCAGCGCAUUGCCAUAGCAAGGGCCAUCAUACGAGACCCUAAAAUUUUAUUACUGGAUGAAGCUACAUCUGCCUUAGACACGGAAAGUGAAAAGACCGUGCAGGCAGCCCUGGAUAAAGCCAGAGAAGGGCGCACCUGCAUCGUCAUCGCCCACCGCUUGUCCACCAUCCAGAACGCCGACAUCAUCGCUGUGAUGUCCCAAGGACUCGUCAUUGAAAGGGGCACUCAUGAUGAACUGAUGGCCAUGGAAGGAGCCUACUGGAAACUUGUUACUACUGGAGCCCCAAUUAGCUGAAUUACUGUAAUUCUCAAUUUGAAAGAUUUCUGUAAGCAAAUACUUUGUGGUAGGUAUGUGUAUGUUGGUGCUCCAUUGUGCUACAGAGGGAGUGCUCUACAAUACAGUGAGAUCUGUGGAACCCUUUAAUGUAUGUAGCUGUC